CGCGAAGAACUGACAGAGCCUGUCUCUCUCAACCAAUCAUGCAUGAUGUCGUGAUCAUCAUGAAGACAACACUGACAAUUGUCAGGGCAACAAGGCAAAGCUCGUCAGACUCUCGAACGCGCCGUGUUCACUCGUUUUGCUUUUUGCGCCCUUGGUACCAGAAGAAGAUCAAAGCAAUCAGGUUGAACCUACACAAAGCCAGAGAGACCCGCAUCACAUACACAUGCACUCUCUCUCUCUCUUUGUAUGCACUCACCCGACGACCAUCGCAGCCAGGACGGGCACGUCCCGCUCCCACAGGUCAUCCUUGCGCACCGCCAGGAACUUGAGCACGUCAUUGCCGUCACGGAAGCGACAGUCGGUACCACCGCAUUCGAUUGCCUGGUUCUCGGGGAACGUCCAAACCACCUGACACACGAGAGCAGAGCAGAGCAGUGUGGGUGGGUGGGUGGGUGUCUCUUCCUGUGAUACUGUUGUUAUGGGUGGGGACCGUUGCGAAGGCUGAGAAGCCGUAUUUGAAGAAACUCAGGUACUCCAGCCACACCCAGCCGGGGCCAAUGGUGUCUGCGUGGACAGACAGGCACGAGAAAGGGAGACAUGAUAAUUUACUGGGUGGUGUCUUUGCCUGUGUUGACGAAGAAGCCCCCAAAAAGCAUGAGAGGCAUGGCGAUCAGGGGGCCGAGCGCCAGCGCAACCGCCACCUGGAGGAUUACGCGUGAUCGAUACACAACUGGCUAAGCUGUUUGUGGGCGUGCGCUUGCCGAGGUGCAGGCUGUUGAGACAAGGCUGAAGACACGCAUGAAGGCAAGUCUCGCUGUUGUCUUCUGUGCGUGCCUGGCUCUUACUAUCCGAGCGAGAUGGCGGCAUUGGCGGUGAGAAUGAUGAUGAGCACCGAGAGGAUGAACGUGACGCCAUCUGCAGGAGAUCGCAGACCACAUCAACAACAGCAUCAUUCAGACGUCCCGGUUGGCGAGCGGCAAGGACGCCAAGCGGUGCGAGGCGCACUACACCGCCAGAUACCGGGAUUCAAGCCCAUCAUCCAGUAGGAGAUCCUACACACCCAAAGAGAAAUGGAGGCCAGUCUAAGGCGCAAAGCGGGCCGGAUAGCUGUGCACUCACGAGCAGAAUAGGGCAGGAAAGAUGAUCUACAGACGACAGAAAAGGUGAUCUCAGCUUUUUCAGUAGACGUAUCCGCUGUCCCACUGACUUGGAAUGGGAUGUUGCUCAGGAUUUUGCAGAGGAAAUAGGCAGUGGUACUGUACGACCCUGACUCGUGCUCGCGCAUGGCGAUAGGUCUUUCCAUUGGGAACACUUGCAACACACCGAAGAUGCCCAUGAUGCUCUGGAGAGCGAGACAUGACGUACCAUCUUCCGGGAUGCUACUGCAGGGACAUGGACACCUGCUGACCUGGUUGGUGACUAUGAAGAAAAUCCCUCCAUUCUUGUCCUGCACACUGCGUUGCCCGUCGCCGAGCCUGAACAGAGACCGAUGGAUAGAGGAAGCGGAACUGACACUGCCUGAUGAACUACGCGCGUACUGAUAGAAGAUGAGGCCCACAAGGAGGCCGAGGAUGAGUGUCUGACCAAGGCGGGCCACCGUGAGCACGGGGUCGCGAGAGGUCAUCUUCAUUUCACGAUUCAACAACACCAUAAACUGCAUGGGCCUGGAUGAGGCAAGCAACAGGCGGAGACAGACCGAGGACAGCUGAGUUGUUGCUGCCUGAUCGAUUGACUGCAUGGGGCUGACCAGCUGACGGCAAAGUGGCCUUUGAUGUUGAUGGCGGCGUUGUCAGUGGCUGGGUCACUGGUAAAGUCGCAAAAAAAAAGGGUGCAGAGCGCGGAAAUGUUCGCUUGCACAAUCGGCGCCGCCGAAAGCUGCUCACCCCUGCUCGCAAGCGAAAUCCUCUUCGUCCUUCACGUGGGUCUUCACCUGGCCGAACGCGCACAAACACACACAUCGAACGCACAUUUGGAGGCUCAGUGGCUCACUUCAUCCAUGUGUCACCCAUUCUGCAUUGAAGGUCUCUCCCUUUUCCUUCCACUGUUUCGCCAUGUUGUCAAUUUCCGCCAUUUUGACUGUGUCAUCGGAUCUCACAGCCAAAACUGAGAAAGAGACAGCAUUGGUUCGUUUGCAUUGGUGUGCCUGUGUGUCUCUGUCCUGAUGGUUUCUGUACCACGAAUGAUGUAGUCAGCGGGGUUCGAAAACUGCACGCACCCCAAAUCAAGCACGUAGAAGGAGAGAUGGUGCCUUUCCUUACCUGUGGGCACUGGUACCCCAGUCUGCAAAAUGGAAACCAGAAACAGCCUGCACUCGCUCUCUCUCGCCUUUUCCUGGCUCCAUGUCUAUCUUGCCUCACCGCGAGAAGUACGUAACAGCGCCCUCGAGUUCGCCAUAGUAGACUAUUUUGCCCUCCGCCAUGUACAUGACCUUGUCGAACAUGGCGUAGAUCUCAGAACUCGGCUGAUGAAUCGUUGCAAUCACCGUGCGACCUGAAGGUGGAAAGAAAUGAAUGCCUAGCCCACACUCAAUGAUCGGGAUUGGAUGCGUGAAAACGCACCUGCACGGGCGAGAUACUUCAUUGUCUCGACAACCGACUGAGCCAUAAAGGCGUCAAGUCCACUGGUCGGCUGCAGAGACACAUCCGAUGUGCAAACACACGCGUCUUCGGCAGACAAUCACGCUCGACGCAACGAAUACGCUCAACGCAACAAGUUACCUCGUCAGCGAACAGGACGGAGGGGUUCGUGAGCACCUCUGUGCCGAACGCCAGACGCUUACGCUCUCCGCCACUGAUGCCUCUGCAAGUUGCAAGGAGAGGCAGUCAGAAGACUGUGCUCUUCUUCACCCAGUGAGUGAUGUGUCACAAGCACAAACCGUCCGUGUCCGGCCUGCACGUUUCCAAUGAAGUGGUGCUGCGCCUUGGCCAAGUUGAGCAGCGCGAUUACUUUGUCGACCUUUUGUUCUUUUUUGUCCAACGGGAUGUGAGAAGGCAGCCGGAGGCGGGCCUGGUACAUCAACUGCUCGCGAACUGUGAGAUUCCCAAAGAACAUAUCCUCCUGCAUCGAUUCAUAAAAUGCAGCCGUCAUGAGAUGUGCAAUGGAAUCGUCGGACGCUUCGCUUGCCUGCUGCACGAAGGCGCUGAUGCGGGUGAAGUGUUCGUCACACUGCCGACCGUUGUACGUGACUUCGCCUCCGUGUGACGUGAUGCGACGAGACAAGACUGCAUAUACACAAAGAUAUACAAAAAAGUAGUGGCGGCUAUCAAAAGACUUCUCUUCUUACCAUUGAGAAGGGUGGACUUUCCUGCACCGCUGUAUGUAUGUAAGAGACACAAGCGACAAAUCCAGAUGCUUCAGAUGCAUCAAAGUCGUGUCUCACCUCGCACCCAUGACCGCAACUGCAUACCAAGAAGGCACACCCAGUGCAUGCUCUUUUCUAUUAUUGGCUUGAUAUGUGGCCCGACAGCUCACGCACCGAGUGUGCCUGGCUCGAUGGCGCCUGAUACUUCAUGCAGGAUGCGCUUCUUGGGGAUGGUCUUCUUCUCCCGGUGAUCCUUGAUCAUCUGGGCAAUCUUCACACAAGGCAGGCCCUUCUUCGGCUCAGCCUUGGGAGUGACCUCCACUGACACGGCAAGACAACACUCACUUGUGCAUGUUCUCCCAUUGUUUUGUCUCACCGACGAUGUUCUUGAACUCCAGGCGGAUCCCCUCACAUUCCGGGAGGCUCAACUUGCGCUGCUUGCAAGGGGAUCCCUCAGCCCCAGCCUCACCCACGUCCACCGCCACCUCACCGUCCUGCUUGUCGUCGGAGACCUCAUGCACCUCCUGGUUCUGGUGAUCAUCCAUCGUGAAUAAGCUGCAAACAAACAGGGGGUAUCAACACAUCAGCCUGUUCAUUGGACGUGUUCUUUGUGCAUUGAAAUCACACCAAAAUCAGGCGGAAUACCGGGGGGUGUUCAAGCCGUGCUUUCUUGUCAAUGUGGCCCCCACACGGAGCCCUUGUAUCAGCCGCUCUCUGCUGCACACAAGCACUUAAAACACACAGCGCUCAAC